AUGGACACUGCAGGAACGUUCGCUACGAUUACUCGGGUCUUGUUGAUGUGCGGGUCAAUGUUCGAGCACCCCAGCCCCACCGACGUUCUCAUCACGACCUAUGGAUUCGAUGACACCGGCAAGCUGGCGAGAUUUUUCCAUGACGAAGGAACUGGAAAGAUCAACAAGUGAGUUGACGGUUCGAUUUUAUCUUAGAGAGCAUCCAUUUUUAGCCAACGAUUUGUUUUUCAGCGAGCCGGUUACCCCGCUCCGAACUUUGGGCCUAAAGGCCGUCACAUUCCAAUUCUUGAUACAUGGCGACAACAUCACAACCAAGGGUGAUGUGGAGUUGCCGGAUGGAAGGUAGGUUGGACUUGAAUUUUUUACUUUUUUUUGUAGGCGUUGUGCCGUCAGAGGUUCAGAUACACUACCGAGCAUUUUAAACAUGAGUACGUGUGUCACGGGCUUUCACUUCACGUCAUCAGAUGAGCACGUUUACAUGAUCUCCUGCCAACCACUGCCAUCAUUUCAGACCGGGGUUGAUGGUGUAGCGACUCCUGAGAACCCGAGAGUUCCCCAAGAUAUUGAGACAGUGACUUGUGAUGAUCACAUUGCUCUGGACAUGGACGGAAAGAGACUUGUUCUGCAAAAGAAUGGGAAAUGUCAAAUGGUCGAGCUUUCUGAGUUCAGGGAGGGCUGGCCAUUGAAGGAGUGUGAGGUGGAGAAGCUCAAGGUUCCGGCAGACAACAAAAAACAUGGUCCUUUCUCGAUGGUAAGUCUGAAAACUUUUGGAUCAAGUUGAAGUCACAAAAAGCGUCAAAAUUCGAGUUACAAGUCCAAGCUGGGGCGCUGCUGGCAAAUAAUUUUGGCCGAAAUUUUGUACUUUAAACACUCCAGCGGGAUGUUUUCACCGAUUGAGGACGGAAAGGUCCGCUAGAAAAAGGGAAAGAGGAGGGCGGGGAGGGGGGAGGAGGUUUUUGAUGGCGCUGACUUCGAAAAUCGUCUCCAUUUUUUUCUGAAUUUUCUUAAGCAGUAGUGUCUAAUGUUUGGUUGUAAAGAAAAAAAAAACGUCAGAAGUUUUUUUUGCCGACCUUCCCGCAGCGGGCCUUCGUGGUCGUUUGUGGUUUUCACCAAGCUUGAUUUGGCGCUCGUUUUAGUCUAAAAAAUGUAAAGCUAACGCUCGGGCGCAGCUUGGAUUUCUGGAGACUGGGGUUUACGAAUUUUUUUGGAAUUGCCUGUUUAGAAGCGUUAACAGUGAUUUUUCAGCGUUAUUUGGUGAAUGUUCACGGCUGCAGCCUUCAAGAUCCAGAAAACGAGACGAAUGUACUCGAUGACAACCUUGUCGACAACACUUUUGUCAAAUUCCUCACCGUUCCAUCGAAACUUCCGUAAGCUUUUGUAAUCGUGUGAUAACCGCAUUUUUCGAAGCUGUUUGUAUUUAAUUUGACAUUUUUAGACUUAACUCCACUGUCGAAUCGGAACCAGAGCACAAAAAUGUAGCCGUCAUUGCAGGCUCUGUUGGCGGAGUGUUAUCAUUGUUGGGCAUUAUUGCCUCGAUAAUUGGCGGCGUUUGUUUCUGUGUGAGUUUAUUUGAUUUAUUCUUUAGUGCAAACAUUCUGCCUGGCCUGAUGUUUUGAGUUUCUGCACCGUGAAAAGUUUCACUGUGCGAAAUUUAGUUAGUUCUCGCACGUAAUGUGUUUAUUUUUUCGCUCUGAUAAAUCUAUUAUUUUUUGCACCAUGCGGACCUCGAUCGGUCGAGUUUCAAAAGAAUAUAUUUUGAAUUGACCGUUCUAUGCCUUCUGAAAAUUUUGAAGAAUUAUUUUCGAGCCGAAACCGCUAAAACUUGAAAAAUUUUUGGAAUGAUUUUCAAUUGACUUUCCCAUACUUGGAAGAAUUUUGAUUUUUUUGGUGAAAUCGUGGAGCAAAAAGUAGCUAGUUAGUUCUCGCACGUACAGGGUGGUUCAGCCGAAGUUUCCAUCCUUAUUUCAAGUAUUUCUGCGCGAUUUGCGGAGGAUAGGUUACCCCGAGAAUAGGUUACCUAGAGGACAGGUUACCAUUUUCCAAAGAAAGAAUUUUUUUGAAAUGUUUUCGCUUCGGGACUUGGAAAAAAGGAUUUUUUGUGAAAUUUGAAAAAAAAAAUUGAAACGUUUUCGCUUCGGGACUGGGAAAAAAAUUUUUUUUUGGAAAAUUCAACAAAAUUUUGAAUUUUUUUUGCAUCGGAGUAGAAAAAAGGGUGUCUGCGGAAUAUGAACUGUGGUGCCGCCAUCACUAAAAUUUUGUCUAAAACCGAUGGUCCAGCUGGUACUAUAUAGUACCACGUGUUUUUGGGUUCUACUAAGCACCAAACCAACGCCAUGACUGCCUUACGGCCAAAUUUGCACCUCGUACUAAAUGGUACCAGGUAGUAUUAUACUAUUUAGUACCAAGUGUUAAAAAUGUGUUUUUUAAGCAGUACUAGGCACCAAAACAACACCAUUAACGUCUAAAAGUGUUAUAAGUCGAAGAAAUUUCAAAAAGAAUCUCUAAAGGUAGUAGAGUAACAGAAACCCAGUUUUCAGAUUCAGUCUGUUCAUACUCAGUCAGCUCGAAAACAUUUCAAUUUUUUUUUUCAAUUUUCACAAAAAAGUAUUUUUUCCACUCCCGAAGCGAAAACAUUUCAAAUUUUAUUCAAAUUUCACAAAAAAUCCUUUUGUUUCAUGUCCCGAAGCGAAAACGUUCCAAAAAAAAUUUUUUUUUAGGAAAAGGGUAACCUAUCCUCAAAACCUAUCCGGUGGGGUAACCUAUCCGCCGGGGUAACCUAUUGGCUAGGGGUAACCUAUCCUCCGAGAACGUUUCUGCGCGGAUAAUGCACCAGUUUUAAAAUUUAUAUUAAAAUGAAGCUGAGGUUCUUCGUUAAUCGAAAUUUUAAAAAAUACGAACAAAUGGGCGAGACUGUCUAUGUGCAUGACGAAAUCCACCUUGAAGAUAAAGUUGUAAGGCCUCGAUUUCCCGAGAAAAGAGCUUUCGUUUUCAUUCUUUCGAAUUGAAAAUCAUUCCAAAAAUUUUCUAAGUUUCACCGAUUUUGGGCUCCAAAAUUUGGAAUGAAAAUGUCAAAGGUCAGUACGAGGUAUCCUUGAACUUGGGUAUGCCAUAUUUGGUAGACAAAAAAUGGGGAACCGCAGCUUCAAUUUGAUAUAAAUUUUAUAAAAGUUGGUGCAUUAUCGGCGCAGAAAUUCGUGAAAUAAGGAUGGAAGCUUCGGCUGAACAACCCUGUAAUGUGUUCAUUUUUUCGAGAAAAACUGCGAUUUAUUUGUUUUUUUUUUGUACUUUUGUACCAAAAGGAAAAUUUUAGAAGAAACGAAAAGCCAAGAAGAGCGGAAAAGUGCAAAAAGCUUCUUCCAUCCCGACCAAUAAUGAGUCAGCGUUGGCCGUAAAAGCGGCGGUUCCACCCGCUCCGACCAAUAUGAACGCUCCGCCAGCACCGAAGAAACCGGAGGAACCAUCCAAGAAAGAGUCCAAGGUAACGGAGUCUGAGGACGAGAGUGAAAAACCAGAGUCCGAGAAGAUGUUCAAUAUUUGGGAGCUUGUGCUCUAUCCGGUGUCCAGGAAUUAUUUUGAAGACAGGGAGUUGAAAUUCCGAAUUCCGGUGGGUUCUUUUUUUUUUUGAUUUUUUUUUGCGCUGUGCUUCAACUUCGAUUUUUGCACAGUGCGACAAAAGUUUUCUGACUUUUUUUUCAUGGUGAUAAAUUUUUUUGAUUGCAGCGUAACAUCCACAAAAUGCAAAGCUAUUGUCUGUGCAGUGAGACGCCGAUUGCUCGAGGCCCCUGCUCAGUGUUCUACGCUUACAAUUCUAAAAUGGGUUCAAUGGCGGUGAAGUACACAGGCAAAGAACAGCAAGAGAAGAUCUUGCGUGAUUUCACUGUUGUCCGUAACAUUGCAUCGGCAUGCGGUUUGUAAGUUUGGGGUUUCUUGAUUUUUUUCCGCACUGCAGUCCGCAUGGAAAAACUCAAUAAUUAGUUAAUUUUCAGCAAGGACCAGCGUUUCCCGCGCGUCAUUGACCACGGCCAGACGGAACUUUGCCUGUUUACGAUCACUCUGCUGCAGGGCCCAUCGUUGUCUGUGAUCCUGAAUGCACACAAGUUAGACGUCAAAGCCAAACUCAGCAUCUGCUAUCAGACUUGGUUCACCAUCAGAGGCCUGCAGAAUAUGGGAUAUUGUCAUGGAGACAUCAAGCCGGGACACUUUAUGACUCAACGUAACCGUAAUGCAGGAUUUGUAAGUGGCGGAAAUAAGAAGAGCACGAUUUUUGGUGGUUCAAAAAUGCUUCUGGCGUACUUGCAGUCCAUUACAUGUUCCAUUUUCAGCUCACGAUCAUCGACUUUGGCUUGGCCCGUCGUUUUCGAUCUUCCAGACCAUCGGACAGCCCGAUGGGCACUCCGAAGUACGCUUCCAUCGCCGCCCAUUCUGGCAGACCCACCGGCCAAUGUGAUGACUUCCAGUCCUGGUUGAUGAUGUGUUUCGAGAUGUUUGCCCCCCUUCCUUGGGCCGAAGAACAGGAUUUGGACAAAAUGCAGGAUUUGAAGAAGCAGUGGCACUUCGAGAAAUGUCUUCCUGACCAAUACGUGGGUCUUGCUGAUGCCUUCAGUCGACUGAAGGAGGCUUUUUGGAAUGCGACUCCCCAGGAUGAGAUCGAUUCGACCAACUUUGGGGCUGUGAUUCAGUCGGUGAGUUUUUGGAGGGAAUUUGUUUUUUUUUUGUUUUUUUUUUAGUUUUAUAAUUUGUUUGAUUUCAGGUCGGUGUCGCUUGCGGAGCCCCGGAUAUCACUGGCCCCUGGUUGCCCCCCGUCAACUUGGAGCCUGAACUGACGCAAGUAUCGAACAAGUCGGAGAAGGAACCGGAAAAAAACCGUGCUGAGGAACACAAGGCCGAAGAAAAGAAGCCAUCAGAGAAGAAGGCCAUCUCCAAAAAGCCGCAGACCAAGCCGAAGGAAUAG